AUAACUUCACACUGUUCAGUUACAGCGAGGCGUCUGAUAGAAAACGUCACGAUACAACAAAAUGGACUUUUCCGGCAAAGUCGUUAUAUUAACUGGCGCUAGUUCUGGUAUUGGUGCUUCAACAGCCGUAUAUUUAGCGAAACUAAAAGCCAAACUAACACUUGUGGGCAGAAAUGUUAAUAAUUUGAAGAAAGUAGGCAAAGAGUGCGACAAGUACACUAAUACCCUUUUGGUGACCGCCGAUUUGACGAAAGAAGUUGACAUCCAAAACAUUAUAAAGAGCACCGUCGAUCAAUACGGAAGAAUCGAUGUUCUGGUGAACAACGCGGGAAUCUUAGAGAUGGGAACGAUCGAGAACACCUCACUGGAACAGUACGACCGGGUUAUGAAUACGAAUGUCCGGUCGAUAUACUAUUUAACUAUACUGGCGACACCGCAUAUCAUCAAGUCUAAAGGGAAUAUCGUCAAUGUGUCCAGUGUAAAUGGCAUUAGAUCUUUUCCCGGUGUUCUCGCUUACAACGUGUCUAAGGCAGCCGUCGACCAAUUCACCAGGUGCGUGGCUUUAGAACUGGCCCCAAAAGGGGUGCGAGUGAACAAUGUGAACCCUGGAGUUAUUGUGAGCGAGCUGCAGAAGCGCGGUGGCUUGUCAGAGGAACAGUAUCAGGCGUUUUUGACGAGAAGCAAAGAGACCCACGCCCUGGGUCGUCCAGGGCAGCCGGAUGAAGUGGCAGCAGCGAUCGCGUUCCUCGCUAGUGAUUUAGCCAGCAAUAUCACAGGCGCGAGCCUGCCUGUUGACGGUGGACGGCACGCCAUGUGUCCUCGUUAAACACUUUUACAAGAUCUUCAUGACAAUUUAAAUUCUAAUAUGUGCCAUUAAUUAAGUUAUAAUCUAUAAGGAUAUGUUUCUUAAAUUACAUGCAAUGAACACUCAGUUUAAAGUUA